AUGCCUCUCUUGAGGCCGUCUCUACCUCUGUGGGCUGCACAAUCCGGCGGGUCCAGCACUCGUGCCGCCGCACGCGCAGCUCUCGACUCUCGCACGCCUCCCUUCCCCGUCAUACCGACAUGUCCUGGGCCGACAUGUGCCUGUUCACCAAUGCCAGCCGGACUGGACAUAGACCGCACCCACAACCUGAACGGUAGCAUGUCGCCGUACGCUCAGCAUCUGAUCAUCUCCACCGGCCGGGCAGACUGGACCAGCAGAAUCGAAGACGAAAAGGACACUGCAGUGUGGGGACGGUUCAUCGCAGAGACAAAGUCCCUACUGGGCAGAGGCGGAGAGUUUCAUGAUCCCUUCAACAACAUCCUCAUCAGCACAUCGUCGUUCAAGCCAUGGCAAGUCGCGGAACGCGAACACCAAGCCGGCAAGGCCAGCGUCCAAGCGCAGAGCGAAGUCGACGCUCUUCUCUUCCCGGCCUUUGACCAUGUCCGAGGCCUCAAUCUCGACGCAGACCCUGACCUGCCGAGGAAAUUCGUGCGGUCGUCCCUCCUUCCAGACCCGGCCCACUUGCAUCCCAUCUACAAGGACUUGUCUGAGGCCGAGCGACGAGCCAAAACCCGUGACCCCGACGCCGGGUCGUCAUCCCUGGUGCGCAAGUCGAUCGAAGCACCCACCAUCCUCAUCUGCAGCCACGGACAACGUGAUAGCAGAUGCGGCAUUCUCGGUCCUUUGCUCCAUGCCGAGUUUGCGCGAUACAUGGAGCAGCGGCAAGACCAAGACGAUACCGGUUCCGAUUCCAGUUUGUCCUCGGUGGUGUCGCCAGAAUCAAAUAUCAACGUCAAUAUCGGCAUGGUCUCCCAUAUCGGCGGACACAAAUGGGCUGGCAACGUGAUUUUCUAUAUUCCGCCGACAUUCACGUCGCAGCACCACCAACACCGGCGGCACCCCCUGGCGGGCAUGGGCAUCUGGUACGGCCGGGUCGAACCGCGUCAUGUACAGGGGAUUGUCGAGCAGACUUUGAUGCAGGGCAAGGUCAUCCAGGAUCUAUUCCGGGGCGGCGUGUCGAGGAGUGGCGAGGUCUUGAGGCUGUAA